UUCCUUAGUACUCUUUCUCUUUCUCGCUCUCUACCUAGUUAGUUUUGUUUUUCGUCCUUUCUCUCUCUCCCUCUCAGCAUUAGUAUUUCUUAUUGCUUUAACACUCCUAAUUUCACAUGACUGCUUCGCCAGAAGGAAAGCGAUACAUAACUAAGUAAAAUAGCUGUCUGUCGGUGUGGCGGUCUGUCUUGGGCUGUUGUCGACCAAUCAGUCAUAAGCUAGCAACUACACAGCACUAAACUAAAAUAUAUCAACAGUAGCACCACUACCGACUCAUUUUUACUCCAGUCUUAUUCGGAGUACUAGCUUCCUAUUAUCCUUCUUUUUGCAUUUUUCAAAUAUGUUUUCUCAAAGUUUUUCUAAAAUAUUCGGCGUGGGUGAAAGUGGCUCCAAUACAUUUAGCAUGGGCAGUGGUGGACAGUUUAACAUUGACUUCGGUGACUCUGGCUUAGGGGGUUUUAAGAUACCUAUACAACUACCUGGCCAAAAGGGCGGUGAAGGAAUUAGUAUCCGAUUACCUGGGAAAGGUGAUAGACAUCACAGUGUAAUUGGAAGAUCGUCCAGGAAACAAAGGGAAAACCCCUUUGCCAGUAUGGAACAACAGAAUUAUGACGAGAUAGUCAAAAAAUGCCAAGAAGAAGGUAUUCUGUUUGAAGAUCCGGAAUUUCCAGCCGAUAACACUUCCCUUUUCUUGGAUGGUGGACAAAGGCGUAGCAUCGAAUGGAAAAGACCGAAGGAAAUCUGUGAAGACCCAAAAUUCUUUCUUGGUGGUGCCUCCCGAUUUGAUGUAAAACAAGGAGAACUUGGUGACUGUUGGUUGUUGGCAGCUGUUGCCUCUCUUACCAUUGAUCAGAAAUUACUGUUUAGAGUUGUACCACUUGGUCAAAACUUUCAGGAAAACUAUACUGGCUGCUUCCGCUUCCGUUUCUGGCAUCAAGGAGACUGGAUCGAUGUCGUUGUUGAUGACAGGAUACCAACGUCUUAUGGACAGUUGAUUUACAUGCAUUCUGCUGACAAGAAUGAGUUCUGGAGCGCUUUGUUGGAAAAAGCUUAUGCUAAGCUUAAUGGAUGCUAUGAAGCCCUUAAAGGUGGAAAUAGCUCUGAAGCUAUGGAAGAUUUCACUGGAGGUGUUACAGAAAUGUUUGACCUCAAAGACUCACCAAAAACCCUGUUCCAAAUCAUGUUGAAAGCUUUCCAGAGGUCUUCUCUCAUGGGAUGUUCUAUUGAUGUAAUUCUGAAGUAUGGGUUCUAUUAUUUAAUCAUUGGUGCUUCAGUUGCUGUAGACUAUGUCUUUGAAUUCAUUUUUUACCACCAAUUGGCAAAAAUUUCUAUAAAGUUUCUUAUAAGCUUUCCUGUAAUUGCCAUUAGACCUAGUAAGAUAAAGAUGAAUACAUACGCUGAGAUUCCUAGCUAUGUUGAAAUUGAAACUCCAAGAAAGAAAGGCAAAAUACCAAUGGUGAGGAUUCGUAACCCAUGGGGUGAAAGUGAAUGGAAUGGUGCAUGGAGUGACCAAUCUGAAGAAUGGAAAUUUAUCAGUCAAGCUGAAAGAAAUGAAAUUGGUUUGGUGUAUGAAGAUGAUGGCGAAUUUUGGAUGUCGUUCCAAGAUUUUAUAUCCAAUUUCCAAAAACUUGAAAUCUGUAACUUGGCUCCUGAUUCUCUGGAUGAAGAUGAGUUGAAUGCCAGAUCAAAGAAACGCUGGGAAUCUACCUGUGAAUCUGGCUCUUGGGUAAAGAGAGUGAGUGCUGGCGGUUGCAGAAACUAUCUUGAUACAUUUUGGACCAACCCUCAGUUUAAGGUCUCCCUCACCGAUCCUGAUGAUGAUGAUGAUGACAAUAUGUGUACUUUGUUGAUUGCUGUACUUCAGAAGGACAGACGUAAAAUCAAGAAGCAGGGCAUUGAAAUGCUGACUAUUGGUUACAUGAUUUACAAUCUGGGUGAAAAUCCCAAGAGUGGGAUGCAAGAUAUGAACUUUUUCAAGUAUCAUCCAUCAAGUGGUAAAUCUGCUUCCUUCAUCAAUAUGCGUGAGAUUUGUGGUCGACAUAAGCUUGAACCGGGUAAUUAUCUAAUCAUACCUUCUACAUUUGAACCAAACUGUGAAGGAGAUUUCCUUGUAAGAGUCUUUACUGAGAAGGCGUCAACAGGAGGACUCAUGGAUGAAGAGACAGGAUUUGAUGACGAUCAGUUGGAAAUGAUAAGUAUAUGUCGACUUCAAGCUCAACCACCCCAAUGUUGCCCCUCCAAAGGCGGCUCUUUUGUGACAGAGAGAGCUACAUCCAGACAAGAGGCAAUUGCUUUCCAAGCAUUAGUACCAAGUCGUACUGCACGAGCUGCAGUUUUGGGACCGAAGGUAGUGAUUGGGCAUUCACUUUGUUAUCUAGGCUCAUUUGUUGAGUUUCAGUUUGAAGGUUUCGGAAUUGAGGCUUGUCGUAGCAUGGUCGCGAUGCACGAUGGUGACAUGUCUGGAAAACUGGGAUUUGUGGAAUUCAAAACUCUUUGGAAAGAUCUUCGCAGAUGGAAGUCCGUCUUCAAAGACUUUGAUGCAGAUUCCAGUGGAAACCUGAAUUCUCAUGAACUUCGCUCUGCACUACAUAGCGCUGGAUUCAGAUUGAGUAACAAUAACUUCCAAGCGUUGGUAAUGCGGUACAGUAACAAGGACGGUUCAAUCACAUUUGUGGACUUCAUUGUGUGUGCUAUUCGUCUGAAAUCAAUGCUCACUUCAUUUGCUACCUAUGAUACAGGAAAAACUGGAGUCAUCGCUCUCUCUGCUAAUAACUUCGUCCAGAUGACCAUGUAUUCCUAAAGGAACUGCAAUGAAGUAUCCAUCACCAACCAACGUCUAUUACUGUUGCUUGUAUAUAUAUAUAUAUAUAUAUAUAUAUAUUUAUAACUGUGUCUUUUUUGUCAUGUCUGUUUUGUAGUAAGUUUUUUGAUAAAUCACAAAGAGGUAUUGAAGACCAGCAAACUUCUGUACAUAACAUAUUGCUGGCUUCUCAAUAAACCAUAGCGUCAUAUUUUUCUAUUCUUAAUAUCUCCUUUUCAUACUGUAAUAACACAAGAAUCUCUGCAUUUGAUAAUGUUCCAGAGGUUUGCUUCGUUCGCUACUUCUGAAACUUGGGAUUAAUUAUUGCAUUUCCUGUGAUUUUGAUUUCUCAUCAAUGUGUUUGUCCAUGAUUUAAAAAAAAAAAAAAAAAAAAAAUCGAACAAAAAAAUAAUAAUCCAUAAUUAUGUUAUUUGAUUGUGUGGUAAACAAUUACAAUUGUUUUUAAUGUUAAAAAGAUCUUUGUCUAAUACUGUUAUGUUGCUAUGAAUGUAAUGAAACAUGGCUCUUUAUUUAUGAUAAUUUACCUGUUUGGUGAUGGUAGUUUUUUUUUGUUUUUUUUUUUUAUCUCAGCAGUUAUGUCCAACUAUUUUUCACUCAUGGAAAAAUCAUCAAAAAAAUAAUUAUUCUAUUGAAUCUUUUCCCUUUUUUUUUUUUUUUUAUAUAGAAUUAUUCUUCUUAAUAUCCUGGAUUAUUUUGAUUAUCAUUAUCGUCAUUAUUAUUAUUAUUAUUAAAAUUAUUAUUAUCAACAAUGUUAAAAAUGAUCACUGCAGAAACUAUGCAAAAAAGCUAGCUGGCCGUUGCCCGCAAAGUGUUCCAGCAAAGACACUUUUGCAAGAGGCCUUUCAGUGCCACAGACUUCUGAAGCACUUUCUCUUUCCUUCUCAAUAAUAAUAUAGUUAGAAUUUAGUUUAGUCAAAUUAUGCCUUUUAAAAAGAAAAAAAACCUACUAAAAUAUUUAAAAUUUACACAGUAAUUAUUUUCUCCGUUAAAUUUUUCAUAUAUUUGUAGUUGUUCUCCGAAAUUUAUAUUUUAAAACUAUUUCUUUAUUGUAAUUGCAUGAUUGCACAUACCUUUAGUAAAAAAAAUAUCCGUCAGAGAAUAUAUCUCUGGAUAUCUCUUCAGCAAUAUCCUUCACUAUAAUCUACUUUUAUUAGAUAUUUUUCCAUAUUAUAUCACCUAGCCUAACCUUAUAUCUAUUAUAUUGUGCUUCUUAUAUUUAACUACUUUACCUUCAAUCUUUGAUGCAAUGAUAAUCUUACUCCACAGUCUUGUCAUAAUUCAAAUUAAGACUUUUUUUUUUUCCGCUAUCAAACGAUCUUAAAGAUAUUUACUAAUGUAAAUAGCAAUGAGAUAAAGCAACUUAAAAUACUCUUUUGUUCUCAAAAGACUGUACAAGCAGAGCGCAAGAAUUCAACUGCCCUUUGUUGUCUACAGUUCAAAGACAAAAAAAAAAAUAAAAUAAAGAUUUAGUUAUAUACCUUUACAUUCUGUGUUCAAAUCCCGCCCAGGUCUACUUUGCCUUUCAUACUUUCGAGGUCAAUAAAAUAAGUAUGUGUGUCGAGUUAAUCGACUGUUCCGUAGAAGGCGGUGCUCCAGCAUGGCCGCAGUCCAAUGACUGAAACCAGUAAGAAAAUAAAGGAAUAACCAAAAUCCUACUCUAUUUCUUUAUUCUAGAGAUAAAUAAUUCUUUUAUAAUCUACUUCCAUUUCCUCUAUUUCUUGUGAACAAAAUGAGGUUUAAAAGAUGUUAAACCUUAAAACAAAUGUGAGGUAUAAAGUGAAAACUACUUAAUUUAACUAAAGUUCUCGAGCAGUUUCUAUGGAGGUAUUAAAUGAUGAUUUUCUUUUAUGAUUCAUCAUGGAUUAUAUAUAUAUAUAUACAUAUAUAUAUACACACAUAUAAAAGCUGACUUCCUGCUUAAUAUUGAUAUCAUUUUUACCAUUACUGUUAAUUUAAGUUAGACAACCUAAAUUUCUAUAAUUAACUGUUUCUAUUAAAACAAAUAUGAUUGCGUCUGUUUUACUCAACCCAAGAGUAUUCCAUCCAAAUUUCUCAAGAAUGUUACUCUAAAUUAUGGUUUCUUUGUAUAAAAAUCCAUUCUCUAGUAUCCUGCCAUUUAGGAAGACUUAUCAAGGCUUUUCCAAAACUUACUUCUCCAAGUGCCUUAUCAUAAAAGAAUUUUAUAUGCUGUUUACUUCUUAACUUCUGCAUGAAACUAUCAUCAAUAUUAUAAUAAUUAUUAUUAUUAUUGUUAUUACUAUUAUUACUUGUAUCAUUAUUAUUAAUAUUAUUAAAACUACAAAGAUUCAGUAGUAUACAUAAGGCUUGUCUAAACUGCUUGUCUGUAGCCGUUUUCACUUUUCAGUAUAAAGCGAUUUAUGUGUUUUAAUCAUUGUUAUACUAAUCUUAUCCCUCAGACUAUUAUUAAUUAUUAUUCAAUCUGUUGCUACUGGUUAUUUUAAUCCAAUAACAUUAUUUAAAAAGGUUAUGCAUAUUAUUAACUUGUCCCAACAAACAAGUAUUAACAAUAUAUUUUUCUCUUUAUCAUUUGUUUUCAAACUGUCCCUCUUGGAUUUAUAUUGUUAUUUAAUUUUAAAUAUUAUAUAUAUAUAUAUAUAUAUAUAUAUAUAAUACGUAUGGGAUACAUAUAAUUUUAUUGUAUGUUUGUUUCUCUCUUUUUCUUAGAUCAGUUUUUAACUCGUUUCCUCGUAUACCUCCCCAUUUUAUUAUUUUACUUUAGCAUUUAAAUGAAACACAGGAAAGGUGUUUUGAUAUGAAAUAUUUCCAAAUAUUUUUUUGAUUGCACACUUCUAUAAAAAUAUAUUUUUCUUUUAAUUUUUAAUGGCAAAGACUGCUGUAAAAUAUAUGUCGCCAUACACACAUAAAAAACCCCAGAAAAAUUGUUUCCCUGCCCACUUUUUUUUUAGAGAUAUUUUCUAUAGCUCAGUUGUUUGUUUUUUUUCUUUUCCAUUUAACUAAAAAAAGCUGUUGAUAUCUUUAAACUGCUUAUUUUAUCACAUAUUCAAAUACAAUAUCAACUUGUUUUAUCACAGUUAAUAGCAAUAGUUUCAUUAAUUUUAGUUACAGUUAAUAACUGUUUCUAAAUUAUAAUUCUAUCUUUAUAACACAUUAUUAUUAUUAUUGAUUCCUUUUUGUUCUCUGGUUAAUUUUCUUGGAACAUUAAUAUUAAAACUUUAAAAACUUCACAUUAUCAUUGACAUAUGGAUAAUAGUUAAUAUAACAUAAUCUGUUAUACACAAGUUAUACAGAAGUCAAUAAAUUAAACACACACAUUCAUAAUAUAUAUAUAUAUAUAUAUGCAUAUACAAAGUAAUAGUAUUAAGGACAUAUAUCAUGCAUCUAUUAUAUUGGAAUAAUCUUUAUAUACCCUACACUUGAAACUGAAGAGUUUCUCUCAAGAUAAAACACAAAAUAAACUAUACACUCAUGAAAAUAAGCUGACAUCUGACAAAUGUCAAGCUUUCUUACACUUUCUGUUUCAUUUGCAUUUCCAAUUGUUUAAACAUAGUGAAAAGGAAAAAGGGUAUCAAGAAAAAAAAGCAGAAUAUUGAAUCUCAGAUCUGUAUAGUCAACCUAAAGUAUGACACUAAAACUUUGUAGCAUUCAGUAUAGAAUCCAAGCAGAGAAGAAAAAAAUGUCUGAAUUUCAAAGAAAUUUUAUUUCUUAUUUUAGAAACAAUUUUUUUUUAUUAUUGAAUUUUAAAGAAUCUCAUAGAAAGAAUUAUCAAUGAGGGACUUAAGUUUCCUUCAAAUGAUAUUAUUGGAUCACUGAUAGUAAAGUCAUCAGUUUAGCCCGUGGAAGCAUAUUACCUACACAGGCUUCAUUUAUAACUACCUGAUCAGCCACAAGGGAGAACAUUCAACUAUAGAUGCACUUUUGUACGGAGCCAACAUCAGACAUCAAUGGAGAUUAGAAAGCCUUAAAAAUUCACUCUGACACUGCCUACGGGAAUAGCAUAGUGGAUAAAGGCAUUGGUUAAGUGCAGUGCAGACACUUGUAGAAGGCUGAGAUGUAACGAAAGCAACAAACAAAAUGAAGACAUCAUUACAACUAGUAGAUGCACUUAUUUCAACACUUUUAAUAAUUUCAAAUUCUGAAACAGCCAUUGAAACAAAUGCAUAUAAAACACACUCACAUGUACAACACCAAGCACUAUAGACUCACCAUAAUAGUAAUUUUAAUACAGCACUAACUCACCUGCCUACAACUUUUUGUUGAAACUUUUAUAAAUGCUCAAUUAUUUCACAAUCAUGAGAUGCAGUAGCCAGGUUGUUGAAGGUUGUGAACUCAAGAUUACUGUGUGUUGCAAGUUCAAAUCCUACUGCAGACAUUACUGCAUUGUUUCCUUAAGCAAGACACUCAACUCAAUCUGUCUAAGGCUUCUUGCUAAUUAAGGUAUAUUAUUUUACGUGCUUUCUUUGUUUUUAUAAACCCUAUGUAAUUUUUUGUAUUGUAUAUGUAUAUAUGUGUGUGUAUAUAUAUAUAUAUGUAUGUAUAAAUACACACAUAUACAAUACUACAAUACAUUUUAUUGCGUGUCAUUUAAUUAUUACAAUUGUUUGAUUUUUUUUUUUAUGCAAUAAAAUUAUUUACAAUUAUUGUUUUGAUUAUUACAUGAAUAAAGUUAUUAACUAUU